AUGGCAAUGGCUUACAAGAUGGCGACGGAGGGGAUGAACAUCAAGGAGGAGUGCAAGCGGUGGUUCACGGAGAUGAAGUGGAAGAAGGUGCACCGCUUCGUGGUGUACAAGAUCGACGAGCGGACGCGCGCCGUGCUGGUGGACAAGGUGGGCGGCCCCGGGGAGGGGUACGACGAGCUCGUCGCCGCGCUGCCCGGCGACGACUGCCGCUACGCCGUCUUCGACUUCGACUUCGUCUCCGUCGACAACUGCCAGAAGAGCAAGAUCUUCUUCAUCCUAGGGUCGCCGGCGGCGUCGAGGAUAAGGGCCAAGAUCCUGUACGCGACGUCGAAGCAAGGCCUGCGGCGGGUGCUGGAGGGGGUCCACUACGAGGUGCAGGCCACCGAGCGCUCCGAGAUGGGCUUCGACGUCAUCAGAGAGCGCGCGCAAUGA